UUGCAGCCCCGGUGGGGCCGGCGAGAGGGGCGUCCAGGGCACCGCGGGCCCAAGAAAAUGUCUGGUAACAAUGAUUGGUUUCAGAGUACCCGGGUUCCCAGCUUUGCUCAGAUGUUGAAAAAGAACUUGCCAGUUCAACCUUCUUCAACAACGGUGAACCCUCCUCCAGGAUAUUCAUCAUCAGAGAACUAUAGUGUCUCAAACUUGGCCUCGAAGGUCACACAAGUCACAGGUAACUUUCCAGAACCACUGCUUUCCAAAGUAGUCCUACCUAAUCCAAAUGCUGUCCUUCCUCCAAAGAAAAUUCCCAAGGAAUUCAUUAUGAAGUACAAACGUGGAGAGAUAAAUCCGGUGUCAGCCCUCCAUCAGUUUGCACAAAUGCAGCGUGUGCAGCUUGACCUUAAGGAAACUGUAACAACAGGUAAUGUUAUGGGUCCUUAUUUUGCUUUUUGUGCUGUGGUGGAUGGUAUUCAAUAUAAAACUGGACUGGGACAAAAUAAAAAAGAGUCUAGAUCCAAUGCGGCCAAGCUGGCCCUUGAUGAGCUUUUGCAGUUGGAUGACCCUGAACCAAGGAACAUAGAACCCUCAGGUCCUCCUCUCAUCCCUGCAGAACCUAUCAUUUCAGCUGAAUCGAAUUAUGUUUCCAAGGUGCAUUACGAAGGAAGGCAUAUCCAGCAUGCAAAGAUUUCAGUGGCAAUUAAGGAUACCUUUAAUCGUCUAACUGCUAAGCAUUCAGAAUAUUUGAAUUGUAGCAGUUCAUUGGCUGCUUUUGUAAUUGAAAGAGCUGGGCAGCAUGAAGUUGUAGCUGUGGGUACAGGUGAAUACAAUUACAGCCAGUGCAUCAAGCCAGAUGGGCGAGUUCUUCACGACACCCAUGCCGUGGUUACUGCCAGGCGCUCCCUACUCAGGUACUUCUAUAGACAACUGCUACUCUUCUAUAGCAAAAAUCCUGCUAUGAUGGAAAAGUCCAUAUUUUGUACAGAACCAGCUUCUAAUCUCCUCACUUUAAAGCAGAAUAUCAACAUUUAUCUGUAUUUGAACCAGUUGCCUAAAGGAUCUGCUCAAAUUAAGUCACAGUUACGGCUCAAUCCUCGCUCCUUAUCUGCAUUUGAAGCUAAUGAGGAACUGAGUCUCCAUGUGGCAGUGGAAGGCAAGAUUUACCUCACCAUUUAUUGCCCUGCAGAAGUGGUUAACCGAGUGAGCAGCAUGUCAUCCAGUGACAAACUGACCAGAUGGGAAGUGCUCGGGGUACAAGGAGCCCUGCUCAGUCAUUUCAUCCAGCCCAUUUACAUUAGCAGUAUACUUGUGGGGGAUGGAAGCUGCAGUGAUACUAGAGGAUUAGAAAUAGCUAUAAAGCAACGUGUCGAUGAUGCACUUACUUCCAAACUUCCUAUGUUUUAUUUGGUCAAUAGACCUAACAUUAGUUUAGUGCCAUCUGUGUAUCCGCUUCUGACAGACUUGGAGUAUAAAUCCCUGAGUCUGAAUUGGGCCCAAGGGGACAUUUCUUUGGAAAUUGUAGAUGGAAUAAAUGGAAAAAUCACUGAAAGUUCACCCUUCAAAAGUGGUAUCUCUAUGGCGAGUCGUCUUUGUAAGGCUGCAAUGUUAAGUCGCUUUAACCUGCUUGCCAAGGAAGCCAAAAGAGAAGACUUGCUUGAAGCUAGCACUUAUCAUGCCGCCAAGUGCAUGUCUGGAUCCUAUCAAGAGGCUAAAACCUUGUUGAAGUCGUACCUGCAGCAGCAUGGGUAUGGGUCCUGGAUCGUGAAGUCUUCCUGCAUUGAACAGUUCAGCAUGUGA